AUGCUCCCGGAAAUUGAGGAACUGACCCCAGAAUGUAACAUCGACGAAGCUAAUCUCGGAGUUCCGGGGAUCACAAAUCCAGAGAUGGAAACCAAGAUGAUAGGGAUCCUGAAACGCCAUCGCAGCAUCUUCCUGGGAGAUGUCAACGCAGCUCCAGCCCCAGCUAAGGGCGUAGUGUGUGAUAUCGACGUUGGCGAAGCAAAACCAGUGGCUUUUCGUGCGAGACAUUGCCGUACCUUUCUUGGUGAAGAUUUAUUGGAGGCAGGGCUCAUUGAGCAUUCAGAGUCCGAGUGGUCAUCACCUAUUGUGAUUGUGCUGAAGAAAAAAGGCAUAUACAUCCGGAUGUGUAUUGACUACUGA